CAACUUGGCAGGUUGAUGUGUCAAACACCCAAAGUAUGGAGUCAUCAAUUGGAUCAUAUAUACAUGCGAUUCGGCAUGACCCAGUUCGAUUCAGCUUCAAAUCGGGAUCCGACGGGUCACAUUGACCCGGUACGUUUCUCAACUGGUUCCCAAAACGCGUUGGCACCCACACGACGGCGCAGCCUCCAUUGCCGGUGGCGACGAACGUUUAAUUUGGCCAGCCUCCUCUUGGAAUCGCGACGGUGACGCACUGAGACCAGUGGCGUCGAUCCUAUGGCCUCAAAGCUGCUUUUGCAGAGAAGGCUCUUUAGGUUUCUGCAACUGUCACCACCUUUUUUUUCUUCCAUUCAUGCAGCCCCAACAAUCCUUUCUGCAAAAGCUUCAGAAUUCAUGUUUCUCUACAAUGUGAAUGCCCUUCUUCCUCCUCUCUCUCCUUCUAGAAACUUCUGCUCUCGCAGUUUUAACCUUCAUGAAUCUCAAGGCCCCCUGACUAUUGAUUACAGUUCUCUACUGCAGGAGGGUGAAUUCCACAGACUGGCUGAUUCCACAAUACAUAGCCUACAAGAGAAAUUAGAGGACUAUGGAGACUCAGUUGAAGUUGAUGGAUUUGACAUAGAUUAUGGGAAUGAUGUUUUGACUAUAAAACUUGGCGAUCUUGGCACCUAUGUGUUGAAUAAACAAACACCAAAUAGACAACUUUGGCUGUCUUCUCCUAUGAGUGGUCCGUCAAGGUUUGAUUGGGAUCGGGAUACAAAAGCUUGGAUUUAUAGGCGGAACAAAGCAAACUUGUAUAAAAUUUUGGAAGGGGAGUUGGAGCAGUUAUGUGGCAAACCUAUUGUUCUUUCUUAAGCUGUUGAGAAGGUGCUGCCUAAUCUUGAUUUUUUAUUUACAAGGCAAAUGAAUAGUGACGAGCCUUUAUUGUUAGCAUGUACUUGAAGGGCUUUCUUUUUACCUUGCCAUACGUAUGGCACCUUUACUGUAUCAGUUAUACAACACUUUUUCAAUCAUGAAGUGUAUCUUCUGAAUAAUCAGCAAAAAUUAGUAGUAAGCAAUUUCUUCUUUUAAAGUCAUACUAUUUUUUCAAUCUUGGCAUCAAUUUGCUUCUUUUAAGGAUUACAAUCGCAAUGGCCAUUGUUGUAAGCUACUACUAGCAUUUUGGUAUCCAAUUUUUGAGGUUUAGAGGGAUAAUAGACGUGCCUGAUAAAUGUCAGAAGGAAAAUGAAAAAGGUUCUCUACAAAAUAAAAAAGCUUUUAGCCCUUGUUUGCUCUUACGAUGUGCAGCCUUGUUUCACACCAGUGAUUUCUAAUUAGUUAUGGGAAGAUAACCAUUAUUUUCAUUCUUUGUAACAGGAGAAUGUGUAUUUUAUAUUUUUAUGUUCUUUAGGCUUGUAUUUUCA